CCAGCAUGGGUUACAGGAAGCUGUGUGUGUUGCUGCUGCUGAGCUGCUCCACGCUGGCUCAGGAGAGACAGGACAGUAAUGAGGAAACUCCAGUGUGUCAGUUGGCAUCCACAUUCAAGGCCUUUAGGAAAUAUGUGUAUCAGUACAGCACAGAGAGCCGGAACAGUGUGACGGGCGCCCCCGGCCUGAACAAUGGCCCCAUGCUCACCUGUCAGGUGGAGAUCGAAGUCCCCCACAUGUGCAAGUUCAUCAUGCACACCAGGGGCUGCACACUCAGCGAGGUCUCCUUCACGGGUCCCUCGGGCCAGCCAGUCUACAGGUCAGCUCCCCGCUCGGACACCUUCCAGGACGCCAUGGAGAAGAACCCUCUGAAGUUCACCUUCCACGGUGUCACCAGCAUUCAACUUUACCCUGAGGCGGACGAACUGGCCAACAUCCUCAACAUUAAGAGAGGAAUCGUUUCUGCUCUCAUGGUGCCGCACACAGAGGACGGACAGAACAGCCGCAUGAGCACCGUGCACGGUCACUGUGUCACUCACCACCUGGUGAACUCAAGCAGUGACAGUGCCACAGGUGUGACGCUGAUCAGAGAUCUGUCCCACUGUGACCACUUCUACAGCAGAGAGCUGACCAACAGCCCACUGGCCCUGCUGCAGAAACUGCACAGCCCGAUGUCCAAGCUGAUUACAAGCACUCAAAGCUGCAGCUACCAGUUUGAUAACAGGGAAAGACACAUCACCACAGCCUCGUGCACGGAAACGCACACCUACCUGCCCCCCUCCCACCAGGACAAUGCAGUAUCAUCAGUGGUAACCCAGGAGCUCCGCUUCCAAAGCAGCAGAAGGAUCAGCAGCACAGCAUUCAGUGUGGAGCGCGACCAGGUGAAGCCACUCCACUUUCAAGAUCCUGAAGAUAAAUCUCCAGUGCAGACACAGGACGAUGUUCUGAGCACCUUACGGGAGUUGGUGGCCUUGGCAGGUACAGACCAGGGUCAGAAGAGGGCCGGCCUUUUCCACAAGCUGGUGUCCGGCCUGCGUGUCCUGAGGAACAAGACCCUGAGCCGGGCGGUCCCUGAGAUGCGAGCGAUCUCAGGUUGGCUCACCUGGCAGGCCCUGUUCCAGUGUGGGACCUCAGAGUGCACCAGCGCUGUCCUGCAGAUUAUUCGGACCAUUGAUGGAGUUUCUCUGGAGACAGAUGCUCUGGUCUAUGCGCUGAGUCUGCAGACUGACCCUGAUGCUGCACGUGUGCGGGACAUGCUCAGCAUGGCUCAGUAUAAACAGAGCAAGGCCAUCAUGUACGCUUUGGCCAACACAGUGAAGAAGUUCCAUAAAAGAGUGGUAACUCCAGAGGUCACAGAUGUGUCAAAAUUCAUGGAGAUGCUCUUAAAUGACUGCUCAGGAGAAAACCAACACUAUGACUCCAACUUUCCUCCUGACCCUGCAGAGACGUCCUUCCUUGUUCUGAGGGUUGUUGGAGUUAUGGGUCAGGCCAUGCAAGCCGUCAGCCCCAGCCUGAUCGCAUCCAUUCUGCGAUGUGCAAAGAAAACAGACAUCCCACUAUCACAUCAAAAGGCAGCCAUACAGGCCUUCAGACAGAUGGAAGUUAAUGAUGAGGUCAAAGAUGUUCUCAUGGAGGUGUACCGGGACACUCAGAACCCCGUAGAAAAACGUUUAGCAGCUUUCCUGAUCCUGAUGAAGAGCUCGGAUCCAGCAACUGCCAGAGACGUCAUUCACAGUUUGGAGAAUGAGAGGGAUGAACAGGUCAGGAUCUUUGUGGUCUCCUACCUGAACAACAUCCGGAACUCUGAUGAGCCGCAAAUGAAAUCACUCAGGGAGUACAUUGAGUUGGCCUUGAAUGGCCAGCUGUCACCCACAGGCACCGUCUUUGAUGGUAUGUCACGCAACUACAAAAUGGCCUCCUCCUUGGGAUCGAUACAGAGCAACAUCAUCUUCGAUGGAAGGGACACCUUACCCAAGGAGAUGAUGCUGGAGACCACUCUAAAGGUGUUUGACUACAGCCACGACAUCUUUGAGGUCGGUGUUGAAGGAGCAGGAUUCGAACCAACGAUUGAUGCUUUCUUUGGGGAACGGGGUUUCUUCCCCGAAUCCAUCUCCAGACUCAUGUACUUGGCACAGGACAAAGCCCCAAUCCUCAAAAGCAUUUUGGACAGAAUAGCCCCUCAGCAAAACAGAAUGAAGAGACAGGUCCCAGAGGACUUUCUGAAAGCUAUUGCAGACAGUGUGCAGAAGCUCAUGAAUGAAAUGAGCACCUCUCCGGCCCCUGAAGCCACCGCCUACCUUCGGCUUUUGGGGAAUGAGAUAGGAUACCUGAAGACCAGCGAAAUGAGGAAAAUGUUGGAGAUUCUGUACAUGUACUACCACAAUUUCAUCAGUGUACUGCCUUCCCAGGCCUUCUUUCAACUGACAUCUAGGACUGAUAAUGAAGUCUUUGCCCACUACAUCUUUAUGGAGAAUGCUUUUGCUCUACCCACAGCCUCUGGCCUCCCUCUCAAGUUCUCACUGGCAGGUGUGUUUACACCUGGUGCCAGAGGAGGCCUGACACCCUCAGCAGUGACUGACUUGUCCUUCAUGCCUUCAGUUGGACUGGAAUUCAUCACCCAGAUGGGUGUACAUAUCCCAGACUACUUGGAUGCAGGGAUUCGGAUGCACACAAACAUGUACCAUGAGAGUUCCCUCAAUGCUAAAGUUACAGUGGACAGAAAGCAGAUCAGACUGUCUAUUUCUGCUCCUAAGUCCAACACUCAGCUGUUCAGCGUGAGCCACAAACUGCUGUCCCUAUCAUCUGGUCAAACAACGAUAGUGCCAUGCAUGAUCGAGGCCCCAACUGACUCAGCUGACUGCCAGCCCCUUUUCAGCGGCCUGAAACUCUGCACAAUAGUGCGUGACUCCAAUGCUAUCUCUGUGGAUGAGGCACUGUGCUCCCCCCUGGUGGGAGAAACCAGAUUUGCAGUUGAAAUACAGCCUACAGGAACAGUUUCAGAGUACACUGCCACCAUCACCGAUGAAGCACUCAGAGAAGGGAAGAGGGGUCGUCAUAGGGUGGAGACUCUGAAGCUAACCCUGAGAGCAGAAGGUGAUGAUUCAUCAGAGGCCUCAGCAUCUCUGAAGUACAAUCACCUUAAAAACAGCGUCUCCGCUGAGGUCGUCGUUCCUGACUAUGACGUGGAAGCAGGAGUCAAACUGGCUUUAACCGAGAGUGGUGCUGACAGGAAGAAGAUGAGAGGUAUCACCAUUGAUGUCACCAACAAGAACAUCCCACAGCUGACUCUUGUUGGACGUGCCAGACUUAGCAUGAUGAAGGAUGCCAUGCUGCAACUCCAGUUGGUCAUUCCGUCUCUGAGAACUGAUGCAUCUGUCACUGCAAACCUAAACAAAAAUGAGGAUGUGAUCAUGGACCUGGAGACCAUCGUCCACCUCUCUGAGACAUCCUACCAACAAAAAGCUUCCCUAAAAUAUGAUAAUGACAAGUUUGAGGUGGAAUUGAAAUCGGACCUGAAUUCAGAGAUACAGAAAAUGAUACCAAAUGCAGAGAAUCAUCGCAGGCAGCUCCAACAGCUCAUUGAUGACAUCCUGGAGCAGAGAGUGGCAAAGACUGACAUGAAACUGCGUCACAUAGUCACCAAAGGAAUCGAGGCAGGUUACAUAUGGCUGGACAAACUGACAGUACGCUUCCCUGCUCUUGCAAAACUGCGAAAUAAGAGGAGCCUCUCCGAUCUCACUCUGCCAGCGCUGCCUGAAAAACUGUUUGUGCAGUUUGACAGUUUGUUCCGGUACCAGUUCAACAAGGACAAGAUGGCUGUCUCACUUCCUCUUCCACUGGGGGGCAAAAAGUCAGAAGAACUGAACAUACCAAACGCUCUGUCCGUGCCCCUCAUAGAUGUACCACAGAUAGGUCUAUAUAUCCCACCCAGAGUGUAUCCACUGCCACGGUUCACUAUACCACCUUCUUUGGAUUUGUCUCUCCCCCUUCUCGGUCUGGCUGAAGCAUCCACAAAGAUCAACAGCAACUUCUAUAGCUGGGAAGGCUCACUCUCUGGUGGCAACAACACCGCUGAUGUUCCCAGCUACACUGCACAGUACAAGGCCAUGGCCCACUCACCUUUUAGCCUACUGUCAUACAAGCUGGAAGGGACCGGAAUGAUGUCAGGAAGACCCGAUGAUAAUCUCAAAUAUCUUCUAAAUAGUUCCUUCAGCCAUAGCCUCAUUGAUGCAAGCUUCAGUGUCCUAGAAACAUUAAGGGUGACAAACAAACUCAGUGCAAGAGCCAAUUAUAAGAUGGAAGCUUCUAGUCCUUUAGGCCUGCAAGCGAACCUGUACUACUCUGCUCGGGCAACUUCCGCUCUAAAUUCAGAUGAAGUCUCAGGAGAUGGCACUGUCAAUGGACUACUCAAAAUCGGUUCAUUCCAGGCCAACACCACCUAUGUUCAAAGCUACAACCUACGCCCACUAGAUCGAGUAGGAAGAGGAGAAUCCACCCUGCAGUUUGACUCACCAGUCCUGCAAGUUCACAACAUGAUCCGUGGAGUCUAUGCAAACUCCGAGUUAAACAUUAUGUCCAAAACAAGUGCCCAGAAGGACAUGCUGCAGCAUGUAGCAGAGCUCAGAUAUAAAGAUACACAGCUGACUCUGAAGUGCAGCACCUUUGCCAAAGUUGUGGGUGAAUCAUUAAAUAACCAAGUUGAGUUUGGAAUAUCUGGCCAAAUGGCCCUUCUCAGAAUUGAAUCCCAGGCAUAUGAUGACAAAAACAGGGUGUACUCCCUCAUAUCAGGAUUGCUGGAUACAAAUGGGCUUGAGGUAAACUCUGAGGGUUCCCUCACCUUUGAAACAGGGCGUGUAUGGCAUAAGGCUUCUGUAACAGCUGGUAGAAAUGGUCUAAUCACAAGUGGAACAAACAGCAUUCACUGCAGCCCUGUGAUAAUCGAGAAUGUCUUCAUCUGUGCAAUGGACCGGGGGGGAGCAUCCCUGUCCUCCACUACCAAAGUGAUGGGUGAGGAGGUAGGCAGAGGAGAGCUGAAAAUCGAGGGCAAAAUCACUGCUGUCGAAGCCUCUCUCUAUGGCGACCUCAAGGGAAAUGUGUAUGAUGCAACCACAGCAAGCAGCAUGAAUAUUAUACUGAACAGGAGAGCUCUGACUUUUACUGGAAACACAAAGGGAUCACUAAGACAGAUGAAAACACAAAACAGCCACACACUGACCCUCACCCUGUGGACUCUUAGCCUGCGCUCGAAGUCAGACAACUUAAUCUGUGAAGAUAUUUACUAUAAGCAAAACACAAGGGUUGAUGUGAAACCAUUUGUUAUGCGAUUCAAUAUGACGAAUAACCUCAGAUUUUAUGACAUCACAUUGAACAAUGAGGGUCACGUAAGGCUUGAGCCAGUUAAGGUGGAGCUCGGUGGAAACAUGAAUGGAGCUUACAGAGAAAAACACAACUUCAAACAUACCUAUGAACUCACCUAUGCCUCACCAAUGGCUGGUACAAUGAAAUACAGCACAUCUGGAAGCGUGAUGGAUGCCCAGCUUAGUCACAGCUGUGAACUUGAAUUUGCUGGACUUUCUUCUACAUCAAACUGUAAGGCACAGUUAAACUCUGAGGCUGUACGCUUCAACAGCACAGUUCGCACCAUGGUGCUACCUUUCAGCCUCAAUGUGGAUGCUGGUUUCAACGGUGAGGGAGAUAUUAAACUACGUGGGAACCACGUUGGACACGUGUACAACCAGUUGUUGCUUAAAGCUGAGCCCCUAGCGCUUUCAUUUGCACAUAACAGUGGGAUGUCAACAGCUCAUAAGUUUCCAAGUGGGGAGUCCUCCAUUAGUUUAAAAAACAAAUUUGAAGGUUUACUAACGCCAAGUGAUCAAUUUUUAACUUGGGAAGUGAACUCUAAAAUGAAUGACCAUGCUUACAACCAGGAAAUCAGUAUUUCCAACAGUCCUGUAAGUUCUGAACUGGCGGUUUCGGCAAUAAUGUUAGAAGAUGUUUUGAAUUUACGAGAAAUGACAAAAUUCAACGUGUCUGGUUUCCUGCAGUAUGACAAGAACAGUGACUGUCAUAUCAUCAAGAUGCCAUUCAUCGAGAGCUUUCCUGCAGCUUUUGAGCAGCUCAAAAACACACUAGUACAAACCCUAGAUUCGCUGCAACAGGUCAUCCACGAUCUACAUAUCAAUCAGCUCAUCAGUGACUUUAGAGAGAAGCUAGAACAGCUACCAGUGCAAGUGAGCAACUUCAUGCGAGAACUAGACUUGGAGAACAAAGUGAAUAAAGUGAAAGCAAAAAUAGAUGAUUGGAUCAAUGCUUCUGGUGUGACAAUGAAAGACUUGGAGCUUGCUGUGAACAACCUGAGAAAGAAUUUGGAAACUACAGUAAUGGGCAUCGUCACCAAAACUCAAGACCUGAUUUUUACAGUGGAAGAGUACAUCAAGGACGGGCACCUCGAAGUUCAGAUAACAAAUGUUCUUUCUGAUGCUGGAAAUCAUUUGUGGGCCUUUGAUAACAAAUAUAAAAUUAAGCAGUCACUUGUCAAAGUCCUUGAUAUUAUUGAGGACAUCAUCAAACAGAUUGAUUUCCAGAAGCUCAGGAUAAGCAGUGCUGCAUUCCUGCAAGAACUGGACUCGAAAUAUGAAAUCUUGGAGACAAUCAAAGCCAAACUAUCAGAAAUUAAACGAGUCAUUCAGGAUUUUAAUGUCAAAUUGAUUUUUGAAGAUCUGAAGCAGUAUCUUCUCUCAGUUGAUUGGGCUACAUAUGUUGAGCAGUUAUCAUAUAAUGUCCUCUCCUCAGAAAUAGCAAAAGUGAUGGAGUCUAUGCAUGACGUUAUUGUCAAUUGGAUUGAUGAAUAUGAAAUCUCCAUCAAAUUCAAUGAAGUAUACUUCUAUAUCCGGGAUCUUAUUUUAAAAUAUGAGCUUGAUGAUAUAGUCAAACAGUUAAUGGAUCAGGUUGUGAUUCUGGUUGAGCAAUUUAAAAUUGAAAAGACUGUGCAGUCACUGGUAGACGCUGUGAAAUCUGUCAAAUUUGAACAUAUUUAUGAUAAAAUGAUGCAAUUUCUGUCCAGUGUGACAAACCAGCUCAGAGCAAUUGACUUUAAGAAAAGCAUUGAUGACCUUAAUGAAUAUAUUUCUUUGACUCUUAAAUCAAUGAAGACCUUUCGGUACAGUGCAUUUGUUGACGAGACUAACGAGAAGAUUGCUGAACUAACAGACUACGUCAAUGAGCAGAUUAAAACAUAUGAGCUGGUGAAAAAAACUGAAGCUCUUAGGGACUUUUUCAGAGAGAUCCAAACCUCCGUUUUUAUGUAUUUGGAUGAGCUCAAAAAUACAAAAGUGGCUGAUGCUCUAAAGAAACUGAAAAAUGUGAUUGAUACCACAUUUUACAAUGACAUCAAGCUGAAAGUGCAGGAUAUCCUCGAGGAUGCAAGGCAGAGAAUUCUUGACAUGGAUAUUAGAGGUGAAAUGUAUUUAUACCUUGAAAGAGCGAGUGAGUCCUACAGAAAUAUUAUUGAAUUAAUUUCUGUGAAGUUUAGCCGAGUAAUGGAGCAGAUUGUAAAAACAGCAAAGGACAAUGAGAUCCUUAACCAGAUGAAGCAAGUUAUAGAUGAACUUCUGAGCAUACUGAAAAGAGGUGAAUUUGAAGUUCCUACUUUUACUGUACCUCUCACAGACCUCGUUAUUCCAGGAUUUAUAAUUGAUCUGAAGAAUCUGCAGGAUAUCAGCAUCCCGGUUCAAAUUUCACUCCCCCAGUUCACCAUCCUCAACUCAUACACCAUCCCUGGCUUUACUAUAGACAUUGAUGAGAUAAAAGCAAAGAUAAUUGCUUUAAUAGAUGAAAUCAGAGACUUUGAGAUCCAAGCACCUGACCCAGAGGAAAUCUUUGGUGAUCUGAAAGUUCUCUACCUGUCUGAACUACCCGAUCUCACCUUCCCAGAAAUAACUCUUUCAGAAAUAAAAUUCCCAGCAAUCAAUAUUCCCAAGUUAGAAUUGAGGGGCUUUGAAGUCUUAACACCUCCAAUUCCAGAGAUCAGAUAUCCCAGGAUUCCCAGUGACAUUUGUAUCCCACGUUUUGGAAAACUCCAUGGAGAAUUUAGAGUGUACUCACCACACAUUACUCUUGUUACAACAGGGAAAAUUGAGAACUCAACAUCCACACUGAAAAACCCCCAGUUUACAGCCACCAUUACUUCUCAUGCCAACUCACGCUUCAAGCCACUGGAAUACACGAUUGAAGCCACGGCUCGGCUGGAGGCUCCCAGAAUGAAGAAGCUGCAAUUCACAGAAAUGGUGAAGGUGUCACACAUGGUCUUUUCCAUCGAUCACAUAGGAUCUCUGACACUUACCGGCACCUCUGUCGAGGCUUCUGCCGAGACUAUAGCCAAAGCCACAACCCAAAUGUACGCUGCAGACUUGGUCAGUAAAAUGGACCUUACAUUAAAGAGUGGAAUCCGUGCAGCCAUAGACACAACCUACAACCACAGCUUAGACAUCCCAUCACUUGAAACUUCAAGUCAGGCAUCGGUGAAACAGAAUCUAGCAGCCACUGUAGAAUCUGGCAAAAUUACUGUGACUGGUGAGACUACAGGAAAUGGAAAGUGGUUGAUUCAUGACUACUCUGAUGAAGGCAUGCACAAAAGUAAUAUGGAGUUUGAUCUAAAUUUCAGCACUGCAAAGUUAACAUUCACAGGAGAAACUGAUACCAAGGCCUUAAAAGCGAAGCAAACACUGACAGCUGAAUCUGAGAUCUUAAACCGGAUUAGCAUUGAAGCAACAUGUGAAACCAUUCUGCCAUCUGUGAAGAAGAGUGUUUUGGUUUUAGAUGGAGUGGCUGAUAUUGGGGACCUGAAAGUUGCACUCACAGCCUUUCAUAAUGCUGAAUUUACUGGAAACCUGACUGGAUCCAUGUCCAACUCACUGGAGUUCAUGACUCAUCCAUUUGAGAUGGUCAUUGAUGUUAAGAAUAAAGUAAACUCAAAGAUUUUCUUCCCCCUAAAACUGACUGGAAAGGUGGAUCUGCAGCAUGAUUAUGGUGUUGUAUUAAAUUCUGAGAAACAGCAGGCAUCCUGCUUUGCUUUGGCAAGAUUCAAUCAAUACAAAUACAGUCACAACUUCACGGUAGAAAACAAUGAAAUGGAUGUCUUCUUGCACUCUUCAGCUAACGGAGAGGCUAACCUGGAAUUUUUGAGGAUUCCACUCUCUAUCCCAGAGAUGACCAUACCUUAUUUCCAAAUUAAAAUCCCUGAGGUCAAAGAAUUUCCUCUGUGGGAAAAAGCUGGAUUUCAAACUUUGCUUAGCACUCCUCAACAGUCAUUUGACAUGAACCUGAAACUUCACUACUACAAGAACCCUGAUACCCACAGCUUUGAAUUAUACCUUGAACCAAUCUACGAUACAAUCAGUAACAAAGCCACCAUCCUCCAAGCUCAGUUUGAAGAGUUUCGGGACAAAAUUGUUGCAUUUUUAAAAGAUUCAUACAACCAAGCAAGGUCACGGUACAUCAAACACAAAAUUGACAUAUCUAGUCUGCCGCCUAGGAUCUUCAGAGUCCCUGGAUAUAAAAUACCAAUCCUGGAUAUACAGGUUUCAUCUUUCAGAGCUGAGAUGCCAGCCUUUAGCUAUUUAAUUCCCAAAGAGGUCAUUACCCCAAGCUUUAAAGUCCCAGCUCUUGGGUUCCCCGUGCCAUCGUAUACUCUUGUACUGCCAUCACUGACAUUUUCUGUCAUUCAAAUUCCAGAAACUUUAAGUGAAAUCACAUUGCCCACUUUCAGACUCCCAGCCAUUCAGAACAACAUUGUGAUCCCAGCUAUGGGUAACACGACGUUUGACUUCUCCUUCAAAUCCACUGUAAUUACAUUAAGUGCCAGUGCAGGCCUUCACAAUCAGUCCGACAUUGUUGCUCAUUUUGGUGCUUCCUCUGUGUCUGUGUUUGACAUUUUAAAUGUAAAAAUUGACGGCACUUCCAGUUUGACAAGAACAAGAGGAAUAAAAGUGGCCUCAGCUGUGUCCCUGGAGCAUGACAAUGUGAACACAAACCAUGAAUGUGCUGUCAGCCUCACCAAAAGGGGCAUGGAAGCGUCUGUAGCUAACACUGCAAAAGUCAAUCUACCCUUCCUCAAUGUGGAAUUGAAUCAGGAACUCCUCGGCAAUACCAAGACCAAGCCAAAUGUCUCCUUCAAGAAAAAAUGUAAGUAUUUUUUUAGCAUUCCUCUUAUUGAGGCUGCAGGAAAUUUUGAUAUGAACUGGGAACUGGAAGCACUUUCUUCUUAUGUGUCUCUGGAGACAUCCACCCAGGGGAAGACGGACAUCAUGAUGAUGGACAGUUGUAAUUUUGCUGGAGAUCUAGAAAAUAAAGCUAGUUUCUACCUGAGUGCCAACAGCCUGCGUUCAACUGUCAAGACUGUCUUAAACUCAAACCUUGACAAACAGGAGAAACAAAAAAGAAGCUCCAACAACAUCUUUCUGUUUGACCUGAAUAAGGACUUAGCUCUGGAGGUUUCCUUGCAGCGAAUAUUUGCAGCAGCUGAAUACACGAGCACCAACAACAUUGAUUUUGCAUCUUUCACAACAAAUGGAAAGUACAUCGCUAAAGGAGAACUGGAUUUUGUUCCAUUAAAGACCUUCAAUAUCAAACUGAACACUGAAGCAAGUCAGCCAAGUAAUCUGGGUGAUGCUAGACUUAUUCAGAGCAUCGAGCUUGCCAUCAGCUCAGAGAAGCAGUCUCUCACCUGGAGAGGUAAGGGACAGCUAGCAUCUCUCAUUCAUGCUUGUGAUUUACUCCUGUCCAGCGAUGAAUCUGAGGUACGCUUGAAUUUGGUUGGAUUGGUAGAAGGUCCCCUCGCAUUCUUGAAGUCAGUUAAGCUUCCUGUUUAUCAGAAGACUCUCUGGGAUGUGCUCAGAUUUGAUCAGGUCACCAGCAUUAAUAAAUUACAAUUCCUCAACAUCUCUUCCAGUAUUGUGUACACAAAGAGCAUGGACGGCCAUUACUAUGCAAUACCGUUUGAAUUUUUGGAAAAUGGAGUCACUUUUAGCAUCCCUGAGAUUAGCAUUGCAGUGCCUUCAUGGGUUAAAAAAAUUCCGAGCUCCAUAAUGAAUGUAAACAUGCGACUUGAAAACCCUGAUGUCCCUGAUCAGCUCACACUUCCCCCUAUGAUCUCAGUUCCUGCCUUUAACAUACCAUUUACCAGCUUGCAUGUGGAGCCCUUUACACUUGAUCCAAAGAACCUCAUCAUCCCAAAGGUGAUCAGCACAAAGGCCUUCGAAAUCACGCUGCCUGGUCUGCCAGUAAUAUCAGUGCCUGCUUAUGACAUUAACACAGAGUACCUUCAGGGAAAAACAUCAUUCCUCUCAUUUAAGAUGCCACAAUAUGAAAUCACGGUCUCAUCUUUCACUCUACCAAAAUCAGUAACCAUUGGAGGGCAAACCAUCAGCCUAAAUGAUAUCACACACCAGAUUUCCAACUUUAACCUUCCAGCCAUCACCAUUCCAGAGCAAAGAAUUGAAAUCCCUGCAAGGACCCUCCAUCUCCCCUCAAGUGUGUUUAUCCGGACUUUUGGUGCCCUCCGUGUCUCUGUGAAGGUUUCAUCUCCCAUUUAUGGUGUGUCAGCAACUGCCAGUGUGGAGAACAGGGACUCUGACCUCUUGACUUCACUGAAAUCCAGCUGCAUUUCUACCAUGAACUUCUUGGAAUAUGACUUCUCUGCUGAUGCAACCAUGGGAUAUAAUAAUGGAGUAGUGAGUCUAAUUGGGAAGGGAAAACUGAUUCACAAUGAUGGAAAUGUCAACUGGCAACAGGUUUUGGCACAAAAUGUGCGAAUGAAGCGCCAAGCCCCUGCAGCUGAUUCUAUGGAGCCUCAUCACACUCUUAAUGUUGACAUCAGCAGCCGAACGUUCACAGAUGUGAGCUUCCGUUUUGCUUCCCGUAAAGAUGGUAUCACUGCAUCUGUGUCUUCUCCAUCAUCCGGUUUCCUUGGAGUGCAUUUUCAGCGGCGGUCCCCAUCACAGCUGUAUGGAAAACUGUUCAGUCGAUACCUGUCCUCUCCUGAGAGAGAUAUUGAAGUCUUCACCGCCAAAGUUUUGCUGAGAAGCUCGCAGAAAUUGGUCAUACAGACGUCGUGGAAUCAGGACUUCCUCUGGGAGGUGAUGGAGGGCACCAAGCACAGAGUUCCUGCUAUGACAGAUGCUGUCUUCAAAUGCAUUAACAAGUAUCAUACCUCCCACUUCGGCUUUGACAUCAACCGUGGCAGCAAGAAGCUGAAAAACAUGCUUUCUUAUACCAUAGAGAGAGCCUAUGAUGAGGUUCCUGUGUCUUGCACCACACUGCAGCAUUUAGUCCAAAACUUUGCUGAUCAAGCAAGAGAUCAGUACCAGAAGGCCUCUGAUGUCUUGAUUUCCACGAGUGUGCUGGAUGCUUUAGACAGACUGUUUGAAAAGGUGAAACAUGCCAUGAAACACUGUAAAAACAAUGUGAAUGCACUGCUAGAUGCAAUCUCAGGGUUCUUGAUUGAAACACAGUUUAAAGUGCCUGGAUCGGAAAGGAAGUGCUCCCUCAUGGAGGCGGUCCAGGAGGUUUGCAGCCUCGUGGAGAAGAUUUCUGCAGACAUCAGGAAAAUGAAGUUCACCAUACCUGGAAGUGAUGUUUUUGUUAAUGGAGAUGAGCUCAUGGAUAACAUGGAGUAUUUUUUGGUCCAGCUCAGAGAGGGUGUGAUCAGGGUGCUCAGUGUGCUCUACCUGACAGCUGCUGACUCUUUACGCAUCAUUGCUGAGAAAGCAGAGAAUUUCCUCACCUAUCUAAAAGAUCAAAACGCUGAAAUUUACUCUCAGGUUGAUGCCGUUUAUGCAGAAGUUCAGCAGUAUUCAAACCAGCACAGUCAGGAAUCACAGAGGUGCAUGGCUGAGUACAAAGACCUCAUCAAACUCAAGAUCCAGGAGGCUUUUAAUACUCUGAAUAUGGAGCGAAUAAAUGAUGGCACCAACAGGUUUAUCAGUAUUUUGCAGGUACGUUUCAAUGAGGGACUUGAUACAAGUGUUGCUCUGUUGACUCAAGCCUCCCAGAGCACAGCACCCUACAUUACAGUCAGCAAUAAAAAGAUGGAUAUUGAAGUUCCUUUGCCCUUCCUUUGGAAGUCAUUUAGCGAAUGGCCGAUGCAUCUCAGGCAAUGAAUCGGGCAGAGGAUUCACAAGGGACGAAAAAUGAGGGGGAAAAAAAAAUCAAUUUUGAUAACAAAAAACUGUUUUAAACUGAUACUCAUUUCAUUAAAAUAUGUCCAGGUGUUUCUCGUAUGAGAUUUCUUUGAAUAUGGUUCAGUUGCAGCCUGAAAGUUGCUGUUUGUUGAUGUUCAGUAAAAUGGUUGCUGAAUACUA